GAGCGGGGCCGGGGCGGGGCCGCGGAGCUGAAGGUGCUGCAGCCCAGUUGCGACAGGUGCGCUGGGCAGACAGAGCGCAGGACCGUGGCCGUGCAGCGCCGAGCCCCGACGGCUUUCUAGUCAGCCCACAGGUAUCUCAGAGUCUGUAGACAAGAUGGAAGCGACUCCAUUUAAUAGACGCCAGUGGACUUCCCUGUCAUUGAGAGUAACAGCCAAAGAACUUUCUCUUGUCAACAAGAACAAGUCAUCCGCAAUUGUGGAAAUAUUCUCCAAGUACCAGAAGGCAGCUGAAGAAGCCAACAUGGAAAGGAAGAAAAAUAACACUGAAAGUCUGCCCCAGCACUUUAGAAGAGGGACCCUGUCUGUGUUAAAGAAGAAGUGGGAGAACCCAGUGGCUGGGGCAGAAUUCCACACAGACUCACUGCCAAACAGCAGCAGUGAGGGUGGGCACACAGCGGACUACCCUCCUGCUGAAGUGACGGACAAGCCUGCUCCUGGAGUCAGAGCUGACCGGGAAGAGCACACCCAGCCCAAACCUAGAUUUGGAUCUCGUCCGGAAGCAGUUAUUCAGUGCCGGUAUCCUCGCUCAGAGAACAGCCACGAUUUUAAAGCCCAGGCCACGGAGAGCCAAAAAAUGGAAAACUGUCUGGGAGAUUCCAGGCAUGAAGCAGAGAAGCCAGAAACGAGCGAAAACACAGAAACUUCAGGCAAAAUAGAGAAAUACAACGUUCCACUGAAUAGACUGAAGAUGAUGUUUGAGAAAGGUGAACACAAUCAAACCAAGAGUCUCUGGACCCAAAACCGAAAUGCGGGUGGAAGGAGGCUCUCUGAAAACAGCUGUUCCCUGGACGACUUGGAAAUAGGUGCGGGUCAUUUGUCUUCCUCUGCGUUCAACUCGGAGAAAAACGAGAGUAAGAGGAAUCUGGAGCUGCCACGCCUCUCAGAAACCUCCAUAAAGGACCGCAUGGCCAAGUACCAGGCUGCCGUGUCCAAGCAGAGCAGCCCAGCCAGCUACACAAAUGAGCUGAAAACCAGUGAAAGCAAAACUCAUAAAUGGGAGCAGAAGGAGAAUGUGCCCCCAGGUCCCGAGGCCUGCAGCGUCCAUCAGGAAGGAAGCAAGGUUUCUGCAACUGAGAAUAGCCUAGUGGCCCUCUCUGUCCCUGCUGAAGAUGACACCUGUAACUCCCAGGUGAAGAGCGAGGCCCAGCAGCCGAUGCACCCUAAGCCGCUGAGUCCUGACGUCAGGACCUCCAGUCUUCCGGAAAGUUCUCCUUCCAAAACAGCGAAGAAGUUUCAGGCGCCGGCAAAGGAGAGCUGCGUGGAGUGCCAGAAGACGGUGUACCCCAUGGAGCGGCUCCUGGCCAACCAGCAGGUGUUUCACAUCAGCUGUUUCCGAUGCUCCUACUGCAACAACAAGCUCAGUCUAGGAACAUAUGCAUCCUUACGUGGACGGAUCUAUUGCAAACCUCACUUCAACCAGCUCUUCAAGUCCAAAGGCAACUAUGACGAGGGCUUUGGGCACAAGCCGCAUAAGGAUCUGUGGGCAAGCAAAACCGACAGUGAGGAGACGUUGGGGAGCCCAGCCCAGCCGCCUAAUGCAGGGGAGAGCCCCCAUAGCCCGGGUGUAGAAGAUGCCCCCAUCGCCAAGGUCGGUGUGCUGGCAGCAAGUAUGGAAGCCAAGGCCUCUUCUCAGAGGGAGAGGGAGGAUAAGCCUGCGGAGACCAAGAAGCUGAGGAUCGCCUGGCCUCCGCCAGCCGAGCUGGGCAGUUCAGGAAGUGCCCUGGAGGAAGGCAUCAAAGUAUCGAAGCCCAAGUGGCCUCCGGAGGAUGACGUCUGCAAGACGGAGGCCCCGGAGGAUGUAGAUCUGGACCUGAAGAAGCUGCGGCGGUCUUCGUCCCUGAAGGAGAGGAGCCGCCCGUUCACUGUAGCAGCUUCCUUUCGAACCUCUUCCAUCAAGAGCCCCAAGACCUCAUCGCCAUCUCUCAGGAAAGGUUGGAGCGAGUCCGAGCAGAGUGAGGAGUUUGGAGGAGGGAUAGCGACAGAAAGGAAACAAAUGGAAAAGGCCAGACCCUCUGGGGAGAAAGAGAAUGUGGGAAAAUCACGCUGGCAGGGCGAUGAAGCUCCGAGGAGCAAGGACCGUAGUUCUUUUGAGCUGGAGAGUGAGAAUUUUAUAGAAAAUGGUGCAAACAUAGCUGAAGAUGACAACCAUGUCCACGCACAGCAGUCUCCGUUAGAACCCGAGGCUCCGGAUUGGUCUGGCUUUGUAGACACCACAGCUGCUAAAGAAUUCACUACCCAGAAUCAAAAAUCCCAAGAUGUCGGGUUCUGGGAGGGGGAAGUGGUCCGAGAGCUGUCUGUGGAGGAACAGAUAAAGAGAAACCGGUACUAUGAUGAGGAUGAGGACGAGGAUGAGCAAUGACCCGCCGCCAUGAUGCCAGCCUUAGAUUCUGAUUAGCAACUCACUGCCCUUUAUCAAGUGGUGUGCAGAAACAGGCAGCUUGGCGCCAAGGGUCAUUCAUGUGGGAGCAACUUUGGAAAUGAAUUCCCGCUAGCAAAACAAGGCAAAAAACAAGCAAAAACAAAGCAGACAAACAAACACACCCAAAACCAAUUCUAAGUGCAUUGUCAAAACACCAUCUUUUAAGCCUGGUGUGGUGGCGCACAGCUUUAAUCCCAGCACUCAGGAGGCAGAGGCAGGUGGGUCUAUCUGAGUUCCAGGACAGCCAGGGCUACAUAGAGAAACCUUGCCUCAACAAAACAAAACAAAACAAAACAAAACAAACAAAAAAAACCCUUCCAUUUUCACAGGGAAGGGCUAAGCAGGGAUUUCUCUCACUGAUGCUGCCUGUCAUCCACUGCAUUCCCCAAAAUCAAGAUUGAAGUGUUUAGAUACUUAGAGGCUUAUUUCACACUACAAAGACCAUUGUGGAAUUAGAGACACACAGAACACAUUUAGGAGCCCACCUCAUGACCAGAGGCACUUUAGUAUAAAGGGCACAGUGUAGCUAUUUUUACAAUUUCAUUUUUUAGUACUCAACUGCUGAAAAUCAAAUAUUUAGUCUUUCAAGCUUUUUAAAUGCAUUCUCUUCCUCUGGUAGAUAGGGGAAGCUUACUGUCUUUUCAUCCUACACCCUGUAUUUUUAAUCACUGAGGCACAAAACAGCGACCUUUAGCCAAGUGAAAGGUGCUGGUUACUGAAGCCGGAACAGCAGCGUUCAGUCCCCAAAACCUACAUAAAGGUGAGAGAGCAGCCUGCACAGAGCUGUCCACACAUGCCCAUCAUCAACAAUAAGAAGCAAGUUUUGUUUUUUGUUUUUUUUUAAAAACAAAUACAACCAACCUCACAAACACCUGCGAGACAGAGAACCAACCUAUAUACUUUGUUGUUUGGAGAGAUGGACAUCGUACCCAGAUAAUCAGCGGCGUAUGCCAGUGUGUCUUCAUGCACUCUGGGUGUUUGCCAUCUAUUCUGGUGGUUUCUCGAACUUUACAGAAAGCUGUUGAGUUGCUGUAAGACCUUUUGGAUCACGCUUCACCAUGCUCCAGGUAAAACAACCUGAGUUCAGAGCUGGGAAGCCUCGAGAUUGAGGUGGAUUUUGGCUCUGAAAUGUAUUGAUUUUUAGGCCAGAUAAUUCUUCCAGGGUUGCAUUAAAUCACUUUUAUGUCUGUCUUCUUAGGCCGUGUCCUACUUUGAUUCGUUGUAGUGAUAAAACACUGGGAAGAAGCAACUCAGAGGGGAAGGGUUUGUCUCCACUCACAGGCCAUGGGUCACACACAGGCCACGUGUGCACAGCAGCAUGGUCAAGGGAAGCGAGGCCAGAACCUGGAGGCAAGAGCUGAUGCAGACCGUGUGGGAACACUGCUAGCUGACUUCAUCUCUGUGGCUUACUCAACUGCUUUUCUUACACCACCCAGGGCCACCUGGCCAGGGGUGACAUUGCUCACAACAAAAACAGACAAGGCCCACGGGUGCAUCAGUUAGAGGCAGUUCAUCAGCUGAGUCCCACAUCCAGGCGACUCUGUCAGGCUGAUAAACCCUGAGGAGCACAGGUGGCUUUCUCUGAUAUUAAGGCUUUAGAACAUUAUAAACAAGUGCAUUUCUUAUAUGUAACUGAUAUCCCAAAUGAUGUGUAUGGCGGGGUGGGUUUAAGGUAGCGGCCUCUUUGCAUUUGUAGAGAUUUAGCUCUGUUUUAGAGAUGUAAAAUAAUCUGUUUCCUUAUGGCCUUGUUUAGCCUAAAACAUUUUUAUUCAAUAAAGCUUUUAAUUUACAUUC